CUUAAGCCAAGUUAAUGGUUUCAUACACGGCUCUCUCGGUAAGCCAAUUUAUAGUCAGGGUGACAUUGCGGCAAUACAACAACGGUUGCCGGCGAAAGAGAUCUCCAAGAAAAUCACACAAAUUCUCGAUCAUCAUUAGAUUGGUAAUUCCAAAAUCAUCAUUAGAGAACUUGCAAUAAAUUGAGUCGGAGUUCAAUUGAAUUUCUUGCAAGGUGUCCAGUUUACCUAAUCUUCCAUGACUUUCGAUUUCCCUUAACCCUAUGCAACCAACUAGCUCCCGGUCGGUGACGGAGACGGUUAACGGCUCUCACCGGUUCGUAAUCCAAGGUUAUUCGUUAUCUAAGGGCAUAGGAAUCGGUAAGUACAUCGCCAGUGAUGAUUUCACGGUGGGAGGGUUCCAGUGGUCUAUAUACUUCUACCCUGAUGGGAAGAACCAGGAAGACAAUUCGACUUAUAUUUCGGUUUUCAUUGCUCUUGCGAGUGAGGGCACCGAUGUAAGGGCGUUGUUUGAGUUGACUCUGGUGGAUCAAAGUGGGAAAGGGAAGCACAAAGUUCAUAGCCAUUUUGAUCGGUCUCUCGAGAGUGGUCCAUAUACAUUGAAAUACCGAGGCAGUAUGUGGGGAUACAAGCGUUUUUACAGGCGACAAAUGCUAGAAACUUCAGAUUAUCUGAAAGACGACUGCUUGAAAAUCAAUUGUACUGUAGGAGUGGUUGUUUCUGCUGUAGACUGUUCUAGGUUGCAUUCAAUUCAGGUCCCAGAAUCGGAUAUUGGAUCACAUUUUAGUAUGCUACUGGAUAACACAGAAGCUGCAGAUAUUAUCUUUAAUGUUGCUGGAGAAAAGUUUCAUGCUCAUAAAUUGGUAUUGGCUGCUCGAUCCCCUGUUUUUCACUCUCAAUUCUUUGGACCAGAGGGAGUUGACCUUAACCAUGACCAUGAGAUUGUUGUUGCUGAUACUGAACCCAAGGUCUUUAAGUCUUUGCUUCAUUUCAUUUACAGAGAUGCAGUUAUGGAAGAUGAUUCUCCAUGUGAAUCCUCCACCUUCACAUGUAUAUCUGAUACAUUAACAGCAAAGUUAUUAAGUGCUGCUGAUACGUAUGAUUUGAGUAGACUUAGAAGCAUCUGCGAACCUCAUCUCUGCAAACAUAUCUCUGUAAACUCUCUUGGAAGAGCUCUUGCACUUGCACACAAAUAUCAUGCCAUUCAACUCAAAGCUGUUUGCCUUAGAUUUGCUUCUCAAAACCUUGUAGCUGUGAUGCGAUCAGAUGGAUUUGAGUAUUUGAAAGAAAAGUAUCCAAAGUUGCAGUCUGAGAUUUUGAAAAUGGUGGCGGGGUGUGAAGAUGAGUGUAGCAGUGGUGGUGGUGCAAAGUCACGGAGUGUUUGUGGUCAACUUUCUGAUGGCGGAGAUGCAAAUGGGAGGAGGAUUAGACAAAGAACUUGAUUGUGGUUUUGGUGUUUUUCAUGUACAAUAUUUCUGUAACUACCUACCAAGAACAUGUUAUAAUACAGAG